AUGAAACGAAAGUUGCCAAAGCUCUGUAGCAGCCGCUCAAUCGAUGCCUCUUUUCAAGCAGGUCAAGACAUCAGAUUACCAGGCUUUUUGAUGAGCCCCGAGGAGGUUGAAGCAGCCAUUUGCAUUCCAGCAUGUACCUGCGUCGACUGCGAGCAUGGUUUCUAUACUGCCGAAGAGCAAAUGCAUCCUGGGUAUUGGUAUCGAGGUAUACUAUCCAGCGACGAAACCAAGCAAAUCGCUGCAUCGCACGUAAACAGCAUACAGCAAGGUCGCAAAUACUUAGUAGAAAGACUCGCUUCACAUGGAGAUAUAAUUAUCAGCCGAUGGAAAAAGAAAAGCCAAGACAAACGCCAGUCACUGCUACUUGAAGCCGUUCCAAAUCUAUGCGAAAAGCGAUGGAUCAUCCCCCGACAUACUUUCACUCCUGAAGGUAAAGAGAUACCACCCAUAAAUGACAAGGGUGAGAUGGAAGCCCGCUCGCCAGUAACGCGUCAGCAUCUCCUCUUGCAAUGGCUAAGUUUGGAGGUCCUCAAAACCAAUCCCGCUGUUCUUUUCGCUCUGUUGCACAAUCGGACAGCAUACCCUCCUCAAGAUUGGGCCGCAUUCGACGCGCGACAGCUUAAUCUCAGUUUCACUGCCGGAUACUUUGACGUCGACUUUUCAGCUAAAUGUAUUGUGAUGUACGGCUUAAGAUACGGGGAGGUGGUGGACUGGAAGGCGGACCCGGCACAUAGAGCAGAUAUUCUCGGGUUCCCAAAGGCACGUCUUGUUCUCGAAGCUCAAGCUUACCUAAUGAGCUCACUACGCAAAAUUGUCCACAUCAUACUUCAAGGCAUUGAUACGAAUACAUCACGUGCAGCUGAAAAAUGGAAGUCCAUGAUAUCAAUGGGAUUUAGACAUAGUAAUGUGGUGGAACUGUGGUCACCUUAUACCAACCAGGCUUUCUCAUCACCUCCACUAUUCUCUAUCAACAACCUGAUCUCUUUAGCCCGAAUCCGAUUGGAAGCAGCAGCAGAUCACCUGUGGCUUCUACAAACCGAAUCAGCAUACAUGAAACGAUUUAUCGCGAACAUAUGUCAUGGAGGGAUCUACGAAUUGAUCAAAAAUACCAGUGUUAGUUGGUGGAUUGUAACUGAAAUCAUUGCAGCCAUCGCAUCUUGCUGGAGAUGGAGCUGGAUUAAAAAUGAAUGUGAACAUGUCAAGAAAAUACAUGACCGCUUUCGAGACAAUAUUGCACAAGGCGAAAAUCUCCCAUCAAAGUAUGAUAAGGCGAUGGGUGCACUAGAACUUUUGGUAGUGAAUGAGGUUAACCGUCGUGCCACUCUUCUUGGCAAGGCAACUCCUUCGCGGCCUGGAUUCUCCCACAAUUAUGUAACAACGAGAAAGACCCAAGAUCAUGGACCUAGCGCGCUCGUUAUGUCUCGCAAAGGGGGGCUCGCUUCUGAUGAGAUAUAUUUGUUCGAAAAUGACCCCUUGGACUAUUGUCUAGUUCAACUAAAAGCAACCCCAGACUUGGAAAACUUCAUACCUUUCGAUCAUGAAACUCUAUUUUCCAUCAUGGAAUAUCACCUAGCUAACAGCAAUUUCAAAGAGAAGUCUCGCGUAGAUGAGGUCUUAUCUAAUAUGGUGUCAGAUUUGGCUGCCUGUCAUGAAAUGUUGGUAUCUAUCCGCUUGCAUCGACCUCAAUUUCAAGCCAGAGCCGUCGACGAAGUCACGCAAUCCGAAAACCGGAAAGUAUGGAAAGUCUUGAAAAUGAAGAGCUUUUAUACCGACAAGACAGUUUUUGCCUUAGGCGCCGCACUCUUUCGGGAUUUCUAUGAAGUCCCGGUCCCCACUAAUCGGAAGGACAUGGCUUGGGUGCAUCAUUCAAAAAGUCUCAGGAAGGCACUUGAGAGUUUCUGGGAGGGCAUAAGAAAGGACAGUGCGAUGCAUUGGAAGACGAGUGGUUUCGAUGAAGCCGAAAUCAUUGACGAGCUUGAGUAUAUCAGUGCCACCCGCACCCAAGAAUAUCUAAACGCAACUCGAGCCGAAGAGCAGCAGCUACUAGCCAAGAUUGAAAGUAGACAGAAAGGUGAAAAAAGCAAGGCAUUAACCACAGUUCCUACACAGACGAUUUGGGGCUCAGAAGACCCAACAUCAGAACUUGUCACACCACCAAAAUCAAAAGAGAAGACGCGGCCCACUGUACAGGAUUCCUCAACCAAUCUUCCAAAAAUCGAAAAUCAGAUCGCAAAUACCAAUACCGAUAUUACACCCACACAAACAAAACCCCACAAGAAUAAAAUCUCCGUCACAAAACGCGCCUACGAAAUGCUGUGUCACAUGUAUCCCGACAGCGCCGCAGAAGGAGCCUCCCGCAAAAGUAAAAGCAAAAGUAAAAGCAUGGAAUGGGAUACCUUUGUACACGCCAUGUCCGACAUGGGUUUCUCGGCAAGGAAUAAAGGGGGUUCGGCGGUGGGGUUUGAGAGAGAUUAUGUGUGUGAGGGAGAGGUUAUGGGUGGUUGUGGAAAUGGAAGUGGAAAUGGAAGUGGAAAGAUUAUCUUUCAUAGACCGCAUCCGGUGGCGAGGAUUGAUCCGCUGAUGUUGGGGUUUAUGGGGAGGAGAUUGACGAGGAGGUUUGGGUGGGGGAGGGAGAUUUUUGGGGUUGGGGAUCGGGAGGGGGAUGGGGUGGGGCAGGGUGAGGGUUGA